AUGCUAGCCUUCAAGGUUGUUUUCCUAAACCAUGCCCUUGAAGAUCGAGAAGUUCGGAUUUGCAGACGAGCGGUCAAGGACUUGCUUGUGUCGGUGCCUUUUCUUAUCCUCCUGCUCAUCCCGCUCUCGCCACCGGGGCACAUGCUGGUCUUUUCCCUCAUCCUCAAGGUCUACCCCGACUUUGUUCCCUCGCCCUUCACAGAUCAUCGUCAGAACGUGAUGAGGGUAUACAAUGCGAUCAAGCCUGUGAGUGAGAAGAGUGACCAUGAUAGCUGGAAAUAA